CAUUCCUGAAUUAGACAUCUUCCGAAAAUUUUCCGGUUAGAAUCCACGAUGAUGAGUGUGUCGAGAUAUUUAGUAUUUAUUUUUCUGGCUAUUCAAGCUUCAAAUGCGGUUUUGGAUUCUGAUGCUAAUACCUUAGUCUUACUUGAUAAUUUGGCAAUUCGUGAGACACAUUCUAUAUUCUUCAAAUCAUUGCAAGAUCGAGGCUUUAAGCUAGUUUAUAAACUGGCUGAUGAUUCUGGCUUAGUUCUUUCACGUUAUGGUGAAUAUAUCUACAAAAAUGUUAUUGUAUUUGCACCAAGUGUUGAGGAGUUCGGUGGCGAUCUUAGCGUAGAAAAGCUCACUGAAUUCGUUGACGAUGGUGGCAAUGUGUUGGUGGCUGCCAGUGAGCAAUCUGGCGAUGCACUGCGUGAGUUCGCAUCGGAAUGCGGUUUCGAAGUGGACGAAGAAGGUGCAGCCGUUAUUGAUCACCUCAACUAUGACUCUUCAGAUAUGGGAGAUCACACUACAAUUUUAACGUCAGCACGUAAUCUCAUUGACGCCGCUAUUAUUGUUGGACCCUUAAAAACUGCUCCGUUGAUUUACCGAGGCACCGGACUUUUAGCCGACAAAGAAAAUCCUUUAGUGCUCCAAUUGCUUACUGCAGAGAGUACAGCGUAUAGUUAUAAUCCUGACCAACCUGUGAAAGAAUACCCGCAUGCGGUUGGACGCGGUACAUUACUUAUUGCUGCUUUGCAAGCAAGAAAUAAUGCUCGUGUUGUCUUUUCUGGAUCGUUACAUUUCUUUUCCGACGAAGCCUUUACUGAACCUAUACAAAAUGCACAAGAUGGUAUAUCUCACAAGCAAGCAAGUAAUCGGGAUGUCGCUACUGCAAUAAGUAAGUGGGCAUUUGGCGAAAGUGGACGUUUGCGUGUGGCCAGUGUGAAUCAUCACAAAGAGGGCGAGUCAUAUCCGCCGGAGCAAGCAUACACAAUAACCGACCCUGUUGUAUAUACAAUCAACAUAGAAGAGUUAGUGCAAGAAAAAUGGCAGCCAUUCAAAGCCAAUGACGUACAACUGGAAUUCGUUCGCAUUGAUCCAUUUAUACGUACCACACUCAAACAAAUCAAUGGCGGACGUUAUGAAGCCAAAUUUAAGAUACCCGAUGUAUACGGGGUGUACCAAUUCAAGGUAAACUACGAUCGCGUUGGCUAUACGCACCUUUACAAUACAACACAGGUCUCUGUGCGUCCACUAGAACACACUGAAUAUGAACGCUUCAUACCCAGCGCGUUUCCUUACUACACCAGUGCUUUUUCAAUGAUGAUAGGCGUAUUUGUAUUCUCUUUUGUAUUUCUACACUUCAAGGAGGAAGGUAAUACAUUGUCCACAAGAAGUGGUAAAGAAGAUAAGAAACUACAAUAAACAAAAGAAUUGCUAAGACUAAUUUCUUCUCUUAAGUUUAUUAAUAAUGAAAUACUUUUUAACCAAAUAAAAAGUUGCAUUUAUGUAAAUCUUUUUUUCGCUUGUA